AUGCCCAUUGCAAUCCAAGACAACCCCGUCAUCAUCACAAUCUCGGCCGAGGAGCGCGCCCGUGGUGUCGCCUCGCAGGCGACCAUCCUGAAAGCCAUAGUUGCUAUCGCCGAGGAUGGGCUGGUCGUCUUGGACAAUGCCAUCGACUUAUCCCACAUAGACGCACUGAACAGGCGCAUGGUCAAGGAGGCAGAGGACCUCAUCAACCGCCCAACCACGCACUUCAACUCGCCGGGCAACCUCUCCCAAGUUCCACCCAUCUGCGCCGACCUUAUGUUCGAAGAUGUCUUUGCGAACCCUUUCGCGGCAGCCAUUAUUGAGGGCAUGCUUGGUCCCCACCCCGAGGUCCGCUACCUUCACGGUAACACCGCUAUGCGCGGUGAGGAGAGGCAGGAUGUCCAUGCCGAUUUGGCCUGGCGUCACUGGCACUGGCCGUUUGGUCUGGUAGUGAAUAUCAUGUUGAUCGAGGCUGAUAAGACCAAUGGGUCUACCGAAGUGUGGCUGGGAACGCAUCGGGACACGACACUGGCAGACCACAUCGCACCCGACGCUGGAGUAAUCAAGCCAGAGCUUCUUGCUAAAAGACGCAGCGUACGCCCGCCUAUUCAGCCGCGUAUCCCUAAAGGUGGAAUGAUCAUUCGUGAUCUACGGCUCUGGCACGCUGGUAUGCCAAACGGCACUGACAUUCCGCGGUGCAUGAUGGCAAUGGUACACACACCGGCCUGGCUGGGCAACAAGCUGCUCUUGACCCUCCCCGAGAGUGUCCAACCUAUUAUCGAGUCUUGGAAAGGCCCAGUUCGAUACUGCGCAGAGUACAUCGAUGACAAGAACUUUGACCACUUGGCUCUCGAGUUCAAGUAUGACAUGAGAGGAGGACUGCCCAAGAACGAACGCGACAAGUGGGAAGCGAAAUGGAUAGGGGAGUGGGGUCAUAAGUUUUGA